UAGGACCCGCUGCUGGUGAACGUCUUUCGGCUUCUAAUGCUGCGUUCAAGGGCAAGUCGGAAACUUGAAAACUCAGACAAACCCGGAAUUGUUACUGGUUGAACGCGGCACCCGUAUAACUACAACCAGUUAGCAAGUCGGACAUUUAAGUGUUUCCUAGUUCCGAAUAGCACGUGAACGCGGGAAAUGUAUAGGCUGCUCUUCGGAAUUAGGUAGGCUAAAAUAACCGCGGUCGUAAUACUUGUGAAAUGCUCAAUGUUGACCACGAAAAACGCAUUGUUUUUAGGCUAUUUAUUUGUGUGGUUUCAUCUGCGCUGUUGUAUGGUGUAUGAAAGUUUUCGAUAACCGUACCAAAUGAAACCUGAUUAUUAUUAAUGAUUAACCCAGUAAUUCUAAAGUUCACCGUUUUACAUCCGUCCGCAUAUGCUCACAACAAUUUGUGUUGCCCGUGAGGUGUGUUAUGAAAGGCGCAAGGAAGGCAUGUUGUGGAGAUCCGUCUCUACAUUCAUUGUAAGCUAUCAUACCAGGGCGGGAUCAGCCAACAGCGGCUUCCUGCAUGCGCGAUUCAUUUGCAGUCUGGACGUGGAGGGGUGAACAUCUCCUGCUCUGACUGCAGCUGGGAGGGACUGGUGCGAGAGGACUGGGCCGCCUGUGAGUGCUUUGGGACCCCCGGUAGAACCCGCUGCUCGUUGAGAAGGGAGUGUGUGUGUAUCUCUACUGGAUCCCGUCAUGUCAACCCAGCCUGCUCCGGAGCAGGGAGGUGUGUUGCUGAACAGUGGCCUGCACAUGAAGAGCAAGAAGGGUCUGGAGGCCGGGAAAGUGGAAGGCCUGCAGGCCCGGGGCCAGUGGGCCAGCAAGGCAGAGUUCCUGCUGGCUGUGGCGGGACAGAUCAUAGGCCUGGGCAACGUGUGGAGAUUCCCUUACCUGUGCUACAAGAACGGAGGAGGUGUGUUCUUUGUGCCCUACCUGUUGUUUCUGGUUCUGUGUGGUGUUCCUCUCUUCCUGAUGGAGACCUCUCUGGGUCAGUAUACCAGCCUGGGAGGGGUCAGUGCCUGGAGGAGCAUCUGCCCACUGUUCGGAGGUCUGGGCUUUGCCAGUCAGGUGAUGAUCCUCCACGGGUGUGUGUAUUACAUUGUGGUCCUGGCCUGGGCUCUCUUCUACCUGGUCCACAGCUUCCAGUCAGAGCUGCCCUGGGCCCACUGCAACAACACCUGGAACACAGAUACCUGUGUGUUGUUUGACUGUCAGAACCUAACCUCUGGGACCGGCCUACCAGAGAACGCUACCUCGCCUGUCAUCGAGUUCUGGGAGCGGGAGGUCCUGCAGCUGUCCAGUGGACCAGAAGAGCUGGGGCCAGUCAGCUGGAGGCUGGCUCUGUGUCUGCUGCUAGUCUGGGUCGUCUGCUACUUCUGUGUGUGGAAGGGGGUCAAAUCCACUGGCAAGGUGGUCUAUCUUACCACCACGUUCCCCUACUUGAUGCUGGCCAUCCUGCUGGUACGUGGCAUCACCCUGCCUGGAGCUGCCCAGGGCAUCGUAUACUAUCUCAAUCCCAACAUCACCCGCCUGGCAGACCCACAGGUAUGGAUGGAUGCGGGGACUCAGAUCUUCUUCUCUUAUGGCAUCUGUCUGGGGAGCCUUACCGCCCUGGGCAGCUACAACAAAUACAACAACGACUGCUAUAAGGACUGUUUAUCCCUGUGCCUGCUGAACAGUGGCACCAGCUUCCUGGCAGGCUUUGCCAUCUUCUCUGUGCUAGGCUUCAUGGCUCAGGAGCAGGGCGUGGACAUUGCAGAUGUGGCCCAGUCAGGCCCUGGGCUGGCCUUUAUAGCUUACCCUCGGGCUGUAGCCAUGAUGCCUCUCCCUCAGCUCUGGGCUGUGUGCUUCUUCCUCAUGAUCAUCAUGCUGGGGCUGGACACACAGUUUGUGAGCCUGGAGGCCCUGAUGACCUCUGUGACUGACCUCUACCCUACGGUGCUCCGGCGGGGUUAUCGACGAGAGCUGCUGCUGCUGAUGGUGUGUGUCGUGUGCUUCCUGGUUGGCCUGGUCAUGGUCACCCCGGGUGGUCUCUAUGUGUUCCAGAUCUAUGACCACUACUCCUGUAGUGGGGCCAGUCUGCUGCUCCUGUCCAUCUUCCAGUCGGUGGCCGUGGGCUGGGUUUACGGGCCUGACAGGUUCAAUGACAACAUUAAGCACAUGAUUGGCUACAGCCCGCAGCCCUUCUUCAAGCUGUGCUGGCGCUACCUGACGCCAGCCAUGUGCACGGCAACGUUUGUGUUCUCCUUGGUGUGCUGGUCCCCUCUGUCCCUGGGCAAGGGCAUAGUAGCCCCGGGGUGGGCCACAGCUCUGGGAUGGCUCCUCACCCUCUCCUCUGUCUCCCUGCUGCCCCUCUGUGCACUUUACGCCCUUGCCACCACCCCCGGCAGCCUAACACAGCGUUUCCGCCGGCUGUGUCGUCCUGCCCCCGACUCCAAUUUGGCCAUGGACCACCGGACCACCUCUCUAACCUUUGAAUCCUGUCUGGCCGCCGGAAAUCCAAUGAGCCAAUCGCAGACGUGAUCGAGGGACGACCACCCUGGGUUUAGCCAAUGAUACGGUUUCUGCGCACCAAUGGGACAGAUCAGAAUCGGGGGUCAUGGGAUGUUUCUGUGGAGAUGGGAAGGCCUCUGCUCCUCUGUUGUGUUCUCACUGGUAAAUGGAGACAGGAUGGUGGUUGAAACUGUGGUGGGCCUGGGAUAUGUGGACCGGACUUAGUGACAUGCCCAUGAAGGAGGGGGGAGGGGGAAAUUACCUCAUCAUAAUUUAAGUCAGACUAGUCAAUGGUUUCUGACUGUACUAUUUUGAUCAGACUGAUUGGGUCUGAAAUGGUACCCUAUUCCCUCCCUAUAUAGUACACUAUUACCUUUAACCAGGGCCGCUAGGGCUCUGGUCAAAAGUAGUGCACUCUGUAGGAAAUAUGGUGCCAUUUCAGUCUGUAAUUGGCUGAUUGGAUUAAGUGAAACUGUUUACAGAAAAUGAGAAAUCUCAUCUGGGAUUGGAAGUAGUGAAGAAAAUCAGACCGUAAAAUAUAUUUUUCUCCUUUUUGCUAUUUAUUGUGUUGAAUAAUGAAUCAAGUAAAGUGAAUGCAGUACCAUGUUGAAAACAUAAGUAAUAAUCAGAGAGACAUACUAUACACUGAGUGUAGGAAACGUUAGGAACACCUGCUCUUUCCAUGACACAGACUGACCAGGUGUAUCCAGGUGAACGCUAUGCUCCCUUAUUGAUGUCACUUGUUAAGUCAUUGUGCCUAAACUGUAUGUGUAAACAUGUAUACGCAGGACCCAGCUGUAAAAGAGACCUUGGUCUCAGUCUGUGUUCCUUGUUGAAAUAAAGGUAUAAUAACAAUAAUAAUAAUGGUAACAGUAAGUUCAAAUCAAUCAGUGUAGAUGAAGAGGAGAAGACAGGUUAAAGAAGGAUUUUUAAGCCUUGAGACAAUUGAGACAUGGAUUGUGUAUUUGUGCCAUUCAGAAGGUGAGUGGGCAAGACAAAAUAUUUAAGUGCCUAUGUACUGGGUAGGGUAGUAGUUGGUGCCAGGCACACCGGUUUGAGUCUGUCAAGAACUGCAACGCUGCUGGGUUUUUCACGCUCUAGUUUCUCGAGUGUAUCAAGAAUGGUCCACCACCCAAAGGACAUCCAGCCGUCUUGACACAACUAUGGGAAGCAUUUGAGUCAACAUAGGCCAGCAUCCCUGUGCAAUGCUUUUGACACCUUGUAGAGUUCAUGCCCUGGCAAUUUUGACUGUUCUGAGGGCAAAAGGGGGUGCAACUCAAUAUUAGGAAGGUGUUUUAUACUCUCAGUGUAUAGUAGGAACUCCGACAUACGAACAUGUCUGGACUGGAGGUCCUUCAGAACACUGAAAUGUCCGUAACUUUGAAAUUCACUUUAAAAACUCAUCAAACCUUUAUCGAAUAUAUUGAUUAAAUAUAUUUUUAUAUAAAUGAUUUGUUAUAGAAAAUAUAUACAUAUAUAUAUAUUUAUUGUUUUACAUGUGUUCUCUAAUCAUUUAUCUAGAUACUGUAAUAAUAUCUGAUUUUGUUUUUAAGACCAUGUAAACAACAUUUACAUUUUACAGAAGUUCCGUUUCAUAUUGCCCAUUCGGUUGACUGGUCAAUCUGUAACUCUUGAGGCUCGUAUCUUUGAGGUUCUACUUUAUACAAUCUAAAGGCAUGUUGUAAGGUUUUCAAUCAUGUGAAAAUCCCUGUAACUAUUUUCUUGUUCUACAGUAUGUGAAAACUGUGGCUAAUCAUGAUCCAAUGUGUUCAAUUUUACUUCUCAAAGCUGCUGGAAAUGUACACUGUCAUCUCAGUUUACAACUCUUUAUAUUCUUUGAUUACUUUCUCAUUGAACUCAUGAUAAAAAAACAAACAUGCUUGUGUUGUAUUGAA